UAAAAUUAUAAAAUUUAGAUCCAUAAUAUAAAUUAACUUGGUAAAGGUACACAAACGUACAAUGCAUACACUGAGAAAAAGAGCAUAUUUUACAUUUAGAUGGCCGAGAACCGUAAGCUUCACAUAGCAUUGUUCCCAUGGCUAGCUUUCGGCCACAUGAUCCCCUACCUAGAGUUUGCAAAGCUCAUGGCUCAAAAGGGUCACCGUAUCUCCUUCCUGUGCACUCCUCGAAACAUCAAUCGCCUCCCAAAACUCCCACCCAAUUUGAUAAACUUUGUAAGCCUGCCAUUGCCACACGUUGAAGGUCUUCCUGCUGAGGAUGCAGAGGCCACAGUCGAUGUUCCGUACGACAAGAUCCAAUACCUUAAGAAAGCUUAUGAUGGUCUCCAAGAAUCGGUGACCUUGUUCCUCCAAUCUUCAAAUCCCGAUUGGAUUCUCUAUGAUUUCGCUCCUUAUUGGGUAGCUCCAAUUGCAUCAAGAAUGGGCAUAAAGACCUCUUUCUUUAGCGUAUACACAGCCCCAGCUCUUGGUUUUAUGGGACCCCCAUCGGUUCUGAAGGGCGAGAGCAGUGUUAAUUAUGAAAUCAGAACCAAGCCUGAGGACUACACGGUUCCUCCAAAAUGGAUCGAUUUCCCAACAACGGUGGCGUUUCGUUACUUCGAGAUAAAGCGGAUAUUCGACAGCAUGUCCCCUAACGAUUCGGGAGUUUCGGAUGUAUGCAGAACGGGGGCCGGAAUCGAAAGCUGUGAUGUGGUGGCCAUUCGAGGCUGCAUCGAUUUCGAACCCGAAUGGUUUCGGCUGCUACGAGAUCUUUACAACAAACCGGUUUUACCAAUCGGUCAGUUACCCCCAGCUGGUGAUCAAAAUGAUCAUAACAGAGAUGAUGAAACAGAGACAGAGACGAUGACUUGGUUGACGAUGAAGAGUUGGUUGGACAAGCAUGAGAAAGGUACUGUUGUGUACGUUGCAUUCGGAACCGAAGCGAAGCUGGGACGCGAAGAAGUUACUGAGAUAGCUGUUGGGUUGGAAAAGUCUCAAUUGCCCUUCUUCUGGGUGCUAAGAUUAACUCAAGCAGCCAUUUUACCGGAGGGGUUCGAGGAGCGAAUCGAAGGACGUGGGGUGGUGUGGAAGACUUGGGCUCCUCAGCUGAAGAUUCUAGCUCACGAAUCGGUCCGGGGACACUUCACUCACUCGGGGUGGAGCUCUGUGGUUGAGUCCCUUCGGUUUAAGAGAGCUUUGAUACUGUUACCCUUGAUUGCAGACCAAGGAAUAAAUGCUCGGAUUUUGGAAGAGAAGAAAAUGGGUUAUAGCGUACCAAGAGACGAGCGAGACGGGUCGUUUACCAGCAAUGCCGUGGCCGAGUCUCUUAGGUUGGUAAUGGUUGAAGAUGAGGGGAACAUUUACAGACACAAAGUCAAGGAAAUGAGUGGACUGUUUGCUGACAGGGAUAGACAAGACCGAUAUUUGGAUAACUUCCUGGACUACCUCAAAUCGCAUAAAACGUCUGAACUUUCUACAGAGCAGAGGAGAAAAUAAUUAAAUUAUUUUAUGGUUUUUAUAUCCGAGUCAUCUGUAUAUCAUUGUAGUUUCUGGCUAAUUUGUUCGGUGUGUCGUGUGCUGUUUUUUUUUUUUUUUGAAUUAUUAUUUAUUAUCGUUUUUCUUCUUCAUCUUAUUGUUGGAUAUGUAAACUUUCCAUCUUAAUUUUAUAUAUUUGUCAGUCCGCUCUUCAUCCUCAGCGGUGGUGGCGGUGGUGGCAUCAUUGUUA